AUGCCGUUGUUGAGGGCAUCCUGCAAGACCUCAUUGUGGUGCAAGGUGGGCCUAGAACUCUGGGCGAACAUGUUCAUGCAAGUUUUUGGAAGGAGGAUUUCAGCCAAUGGACGUUGCAAGAUACGCGCCGAUUUCUCGGUUCAGUUGGGACAGGCGUUUCUUCAGCAGAUGUUGGGAUGCGAGUCUCUUUCGCAGAUGUUUGAAUGCAAGUUUCUGGGCGUGCUUCAACAUAUGUUGGAAGGCAAGUUUCCUGAGUUGAAUUUCCAACCUCAUGCGUUCAUUGCACGUUUAAUGUCAUGA